AUGUCGUCGACUACAAAAGAGACCUUCUCUGCCCCGGCGGAGGAACACACAUUUGAUGGCCUUCUCUCAGACUUUGAUGGCACAAUUGUUGACUCGACAGAUGCAAUCGUGAAACACUGGCACCAAAUUGGCGCCGAAUUGGGGGUUGACCCCAAGACCAUCCUCGCCACCUCCCAUGGCCGGCGAAGUAUCGAUGUGAUGGGAAUCUAUGAUAAGACCAAGGCCAACUGGGACUAUGUCAACUACGUCGAAGGCCGAAUCCCGCAGAUUUAUGGCUCUGAUGCCGUAGAAAUCCCUGGCGGCCGCGCUCUAUUGGACGCUCUUGACAGCUCCUCCGCCAAAUGGGGCGUUGUGACUUCGGGUACACGCGCCCUGAUCGACGGAUGGCUUGGGGUCCUCGGUCUGACUCACCCCAAGCACCUCGUGGUAGCCGAGGAUGUCGAGCUGGGUAAGCCAGAUCCACGAUGCUAUCAGCUUGGCGCGAAGAGGAUCGGCCUGGAGGGCUCAACAAACAUUGUGGUUCUCGAGGAUGCGCCCAGUGGGAUCAAGGCGGGCAAGGCGGCUGGAUACAAGGUCAUUGCUCUGGCCACAACACAUUCUCUCGAAAAGCUGAAAGAGGCUGGGGCGGAUUGGAUCGUUGAAGAUUUGCGCAGCAUCUCUAUCAAGGGUGUUGUCGAUGGACAAAUCCAGCUGGAGAUUCGGAACGCGCUUCAGUGA